AUUGGCUGAGCGCGGGGGGCGGGAAGAGGAGGUGUGGCGGAAGGCGGCGGAAGGCGGCCGGGGAUGUGGAGAGCGGGCAUGGCCGCCGGGGAAGGGCUGGGCCCGGCGCUGCGCGCCGUCACCGAGCGGGUACAGCAGGCGGCGGCACGGAGACCGCAGGGCCUCCCGGACGUGCAGCCGCGGCUGGUGGCCGUCAGCAAGACGAAGCCCGCCGAGAUGGUGAUGGAUGCCUACAGCCACGGGCAGCGCAGCUUCGGGGAGAACUACGUUCAAGAGUUGCUGGAAAAGGCAUCGGACUCCAGAAUUUUGUCUUCUUGCCCAGAGAUUAAGUGGCACUUCAUUGGCCAUCUGCAGAAAAAUAAUGUCAACAAGUUGAUCGCUGUCCCAAACCUGUUCAUGUUGGAAACGGUGGAUUCUGUGAAGCUGGCAGACAGAGUCAACAGCUCGUGGCAGAAGAAGGGCUCACCUCAGAGGCUGAAAGUCAUGGUGCAAGUUAACACUAGUGGAGAGGACAGUAAGCAUGGCCUCCCUCCCAGAGACACCGCAGCGGCCGUGGAGCACGUCAUCAACAAGUGUCCGAGCCUGGAAUUCGUGGGGCUGAUGACAAUUGGCAGCGUCGGACAUGACCUUAGCAAGGGGCCAAAUCCUGACUUCCAGGUGCUGCUGUCUCUGCGGCAGGAAGUGUGUGAGAAGCUGAAUCUCCCCAUCGAGAAGGUGGAGCUGAGCAUGGGCAUGUCCACAGACUUCCAGCACGCAAUCGAGGUUGGAUCCACAAACGUCAGGAUUGGAAGCACUAUUUUUGGAGAGCGAGAUUAUUCCAACAAAGCAGACGGUGGCAAGGCCCCAGGUGAAACUAAAGGAAAAACAGAGGCCUCAGCAGCGCAGGGCCACUAGGUGGGAAAGUGGCCUCCACAGAGGACAGACGAUCAGAGACCUCACACUAUGCAUUCUCACCUCCCUCCUCGUCGGCACCUGGUCGGUGAGAGGGAAUUCCUCAUAGCAGAGCAGAGGCCAGAAAUGCCUCGUAAUUUAUUGUGAUUAUAGCAUACCCCUAGAAACUGGACAUUUUUAUUACCAACAAAUGAUAAGAAAAUUAAAGGUUGAAAGUGACUGGAGUAUCCCGGCUACUUCGGGCUCGUUUUGGAUAACCAGGUUGAAGAAACUAAAUAUUUGUCAGGAUGGAGAUGCCAAUGAGCAAGGUGUAUCCGCAGCAGUGUCAGUGAUUUUAUUGUUGCUGAGGACUAAACCCUCCGUUAAGCAAAUCGCAAUAUCACGAGAGACCUGUAAAUGUUUCCUCUCCCCCAGUAAGAGUUUUGCACGUGGUUGCCGUUAAGCAAUGCUCAGAGAGGAGCUACGUGACAGGGACAUGCUAGAACACUUAGUGGCACCGAGUGGUGCUGGAGAGAUGGCAUCCAGUUAAACAGCAGGCAAGCAACGAGCACAUCUGGAUGGAGGAAGAAUGCAGCCGCCAGCAUGAAGGGGUUCAUGGCCUCGUGUUUUGGAUGCAGAUUGCGAGUGGGGGACUGUCUUCUCCUCUGACAUUCGUCUGUGUUCUUUCAGGCUGACGCUGCUAACACUUCCCAUCAGUUACAUGUCUGCUCAGACCUUCUGGGAUGCUUUCAUCCUUCCCCUUCCCCUCGUGAGGCGUGGCUGGGAGUUAUUUUCGUCCUGCGUAGUAGUUCUUGACGCCGUGUGUUCUGUUUGGUCAAAGAGGGGCUUUUCUACCAGCUCCUCGGUCUACCUUUGGCUUGCUGUUGCCUCCCAAGGCAAGUCACGCAACCAUUUGGUGCCUCCACCACCGCGUCUGCAUCUGUGUGAGGACAGCAGCAGCCGGCUCAUCUCAGAGGGCAGCAGCGAGGUUGCUAGAGCUCCUUUGGGGAAGGUACUUCAGAAAGUAAAGUAUCCCGCUGGGUUCUGGGUUCCUGAAAUAAAUCCUCUCACCACUGACAGUUUCUAGACCACAUCUUACUGUGUGAAGUGCUGGCCUGGCCUUGCCUUCUCCUGGAGGAGGGGACGGGGCUCUCCUCGUAGUAACUGCUCCUUCAAGGUGUGAGUAGAAGCUCCUGCGUCCCGUCACGUGCUGUUUGGCCAUCGGUAGCUGCAGCAAGUCUCUUGUAACCCAGUGUUACAACCACAUUUUUUGGGCUUUUGUGCACUGCCAAGAGGAGGAGACUUUGGCUGCCAGCAGAAACAUCCUUCCUGGGCUUUCCUGCGUGUGUGUGUGUGGUUAAAGCUAGCUGUUGGUUUUAUUUUCUGACUAUAAAUGCUGAAUGUAAAUGAACAGAGGAAAGCUCCAACCUGUCACGGCCAUCGUGGCUGACAGCCACACGCGGCCCGAGCUGCCCUCCUUGGAACUGCACCGUGUGUUGUUUCCUAGCUUGUUAAUAAAAAGUGGUGAGAUUGAAUGCCAUCUGUGCCAGCUAUAAAGCUAUUAAAGAUGUUAUUUUUA